AUGUAUAAUGAUACAUCAAAUGAUGCAUAUGGAUCUGGUGGUGCAAAAGUACUGACGGAAGCAUUUAUUAAUAAUAAUUUGAUAGUUGCAGAUACAUUAGUAUUUGAUAUAGUAACACUUCGUAUGCGAGAUACUUUGAAAAAUGUUCUAACUAGUAGUUCAACACGAAUUGUUGUAUUAUGGGCUGGAUCAACUUAUACAUCUUUAAUUUUACAAAAUGCACUUGAUUCUGAUGUACUUGGCCCACAUUUUACAUGGAUAUUAAGUUCAACUGUUUCAUUAAAUUCUUUUAGUCGAACAUUUCAUCAAAAAUUAAUUGGAAUGCUUACUGUUGAACCUAUAACAGCAAAUGUUGUUCAUGCGCCAAUUAAUACAACAUUAUUAAAUGCCGCCUAUAAUAUUUGA